AUGAAAUUCAAACGUUUUAUAUUAAAGCGUUGUUAUGCCAAGUCAUACAAUCGAUCAUUCUCUACGGUCAAUAUUUUGGGAACUUUAAAACCUAACAAGGUUGACAAAAUUUAUCUGAAUUGGAAAUUGCUUUUUAAAUAUGGAAUGAUUUAUCGUGAAGUGAUGCAUGUGUCAAGGAUUGAUUAUUGUCAGGUGUACAACUUCGAAACAAGAAAUAAGAUAGUAAAUCAAUUAUUAUCGAUCAUUAACGAUAGCGACCCCAAAAUACUUAAAGCUUCCUGUCCUGGUUCUCUGAACAUAACUAAUCUCUACAUAAAAACUGGAACGAUGUUGUCGAUAUUUCCUACUGGCGACUAUAAGAAUUUCUUCGAAGUGGAAUUGGAAAACAAAACUUUAGUGCAUUCUUUUGAGAUUAUUGCUAGUAUAAAUUCAUCUAACAAAGACACUUUUGGAUAA